CAUGAGCAUUAAUUUAUAUUAUUUGCUUCAACCAUCUACGAGACAGAAUAUAGCAGAAUUGUUAUCAAGUAUAUCAAUCGUGGGGGCUCAUUUUUUUUAUAUGUUUGGGGCCAAUUUUGGCGGACAAAUAGUAACUGAUCAUAGUGACGACAUUUUUAAUGCAACAUGUAAUGCAUUGUGGUACAUUGCUCCAUUAUCAUCGCAAAAAAUAUUUUUAUUUUUAAUGCAUCGUACAAUGAAAAGUUUUAAACCAGUUCUCUGUAAUUUAUUUGUGGCAUCGCUGGAAGGUUUUGCUACGCUAAUUACCACAUCAUUGUCUUAUUUAACGAUACUUUAUUCUAUACAAUAGCGAUGUAAUAUCGCUAAUACUUCGUCAUGCUAAUACAUAUGCAAUGCUACAAGAGAAAUUCAAUAAUAUGCAUUGAGAAAAUUGCAAGCACAUCAAGCAUCGUCUUGUUAAAGAUCUUUUGUUAGUGAGUCUGUAAAAAUUCACGAAAAGAAUUACCUUACAAAACGCUAAUUUUCAAUGUAGACAAUAAACGUUUUA